AUGCCUCGUUAUCUUGUUGCGCACACCGACGUGUUCGCCCAAGGCAACCUAAAAGAUGGCGAUUUGAAACUAGCAUAUAGCAAGGCUUUUGCUGACUGGACAGCUUUUGAUUUCGAGUACUACAGAGUUGAGGAUCUGACGCGGUUACGGAGAAUCCUGCGAGAGAACGGUGUGACCGUGAAGCCAGGAAGAUUAAAAGGAGAGAUUGCCAAAUCCUUAGCAGCAGCCAUUAGACCGAUCCGAACAAAAUUGAAGUCCCGUUCUUCCGAAGUGGCUCGCGAUCAAGCAUCCCAAUCAAAAUAA